AUGUAUAACUCAUUAUUUAAAAUAUACUUUGCAGUAUUUUCAAUAAUUUUGUUAUUUUAUCUUUUAAAUUCAAGACUUGAAUUAUCUGCUAAACUUCUUUGUAACCUUGAUGAUUAUUGUAAGAAAGAGAAACAGUUGUUUCAAGUAUCAAAUAGUUUGAAGGAUAAAUAUGAUGAAUUGAGGAAAGGUGAUAUAUUUGAGCCUUUAAAGCUUUCUUCAAGCACUUACGAUGAUUUCAUUUUAGAUGAUUCCAAGAAAAAACUCGAAAAGUCAACAAUUCCAAAAGAAAAUGCAACUUUAUUGAUGUUAGUUAGGAACUGGGAACUGGAUGGUGCUUUAAAAUCAAUGAGAUCGCUUGAAGAUAGGUUUAAUUGGAAGUAUAAUUAUGAUUGGGUAUUUUUAAAUGAUUACCAUUUCACACCAGAAUUUAAAGAGGCGACAGAGGCAAUGGCAAGUGGUAAUGUAUACUUCCAUUGGAUUUCCCCUGAUGACUGGGAUAUGCCAUCUUCGGUGAAUGAAACACUAUUUGAAGAACGGUUGGGUAAAAUGGAGGAAGAGGGUGUACUUUAUGGAGGUUCUAAAUCUUACCGAAACAUGUGUCGCUUUAACUCUGGAUAUUUCUUCCGACAAACAGUAUUGAAUAACUAUGAUUAUUACUUUAGGGUAGAACCGAACGUUGAAUAUUACUGUGAUUUCCCAUAUGACCCAUUUAGAGUAAUGAGAGAAAAGAAGAAGAAAUAUGGGUUUGUCAUAAGUAUGUAUGAAUUUCAAAAUACAAUACCCACAUUGUGGGAUACAGUUGAAGAAUACAUUACAAAAAAUGAAAAAGAUAUAGAUAUGUCAAGAAAUUCCUAUGAUUUUAUAACAGAUUCUGAUCCAAUUGGACUUUAUAAUCCAUAUUACGUUUCUGAUAGUGCAUACAAUUUGUGUCAUUUUUGGUCAAAUUUUGAAAUUGGUGACUUAAAUUUCUUUAGAAGUGAAAAAUACAUGAAUUACUUUAAACAUCUUGAUGACUCUGGUGGGUUUUAUUAUGAACGCUGGGGUGAUGCCCCAGUCCAUACAAUUGCAGCAUCAUUACUUCUGGAUAAAAAUGAGAUAAUUCAUUUUGACGAAUUGGGAUAUGGGCAUAACCCAUUCUAUUCAUGUCCAACAGCAUAUUAUUUUCGCUUAGUUCAUGGUUGCUUAUGUGACCCUAACGGUGUCAAUAGCAUUACCACCAACCCUAAUAGUUGUUUAAUGAGGUGGUGGAAAAAUGGAAGUGGUAAAUAUUUUAUCCAGGAAUUAAAAAAAUAA